CUCUCUCUCUCUCUCUCUGUCUCUCACCCAUCACUCUCACUGUCUCUCUCCCUUUUUUCUGUAAAGUCCAAUACAUUCCCAUCCAAAGCAAAAACCAACUGGAGCACCAUGUCUGCUGUAGGAUUAGAAGGUAGGGGAAAGAAAGAGAAAGAAAAGAGAGAGAAACAGAGUAGUGCCUGGACGCUAAAUCCAACACCUGCAUUUACACAAUAGGUUAUAAGCAACACACCAGAACCCACAGAACCUUAACCAGAUUUGUGUUUCUUUCCAAUUUGUUGAUUUGUUCCUAGUGACACCGGGCGUUUGUUUUAGUGUUUUAGCGCUUAUUCUGUUGUAGCUCAAUAGACAGGAAGGUGAACAUACAAAAACUGAGAGAGAGAGAGAGAGAGAGAGAGAGAGAGAGAGAGUGAGUCAGAGAGAGAGAGAGAGAGAGAGUGAGUGAGAGAGAGAGCAAAGAGAGAGAGAGAGAGACAGAGAGAGAAAGUUAGUGAGGAGGGAAUGAAGGCGUGAUGGAAUAGGACGUUGCGUUUAUCGCCCAGAAGACAGACGCUCGAGGACAUGAGGACACACACCAAUCGAGUCCAACGUGCAUGAGCGUGAAGAUGUGAUCCACAUUCUGUCCACAAACAUGACCCAUGUUUAUAUUCCUGCAGGUCAUGGAUCCUGCUUUAGUCUCACAUUUCUGCAGCUUCUGAGGGUCUUUGAGUUUGUUUAGACCCCCUGAGCGGCAUUUGAACUGAAAAUAUAACUAAAUGCACCCUGGUGAGACUGACGACAAGGGAUCUGCAGACUAAACAUCGCGGAUUCCCUGACUGAGCCAUCGCAAGGAAGAAUAAGCAAAGCUUCUGAGAGAUGUCCUCAGCAUGCACUGAUCCAUACAAGCUGAGACGAAAAGACAUUUAAUGCUUAAGAGUGUGUGACGACAAAGAAGAGUUCAAGCUCUGGAAGCUAGAGAGAGAGACUGAAAGAAGAAGACCAUGAUGGAGAAGUUGGAGCCCACUGUAUCCCCCUCCCCUGCUCUGUCAAUGACUGACCCCUUAACUCCUCCACACACUCACUCUCCAUGCACCAGCAGCCCUGCAGCGAAUGAGGAUAAUGGUACAGAGAGUGGCGUGAGCACAAACCCCAGCAGUCCGGCUACAUCGCAGCUUACUGAGCCGGCCAAUGUAGAGGAGAAAGCGACAGCAGCUGAACCUGCUACCUCACCCCCAAACACAAGCAUCUCUUCCAUUUCCACUUCCACAUCCAGUUCCAUUUCCACCGUCGUCCUCUCCUCUCCUCCUUCUUCAUCCCCUGCUCCACUGCCACCUAACAUCCCAGUGAUCAGUCUGGCUCACAGUAAACCUCCUCUGCCCCCGAUCCCCAUGCCUGCUGCACAGCUCACCACCCUCCACCCCAUACCCACAGUGCCACACGGGCCUGGAGAGCUCCGACUGGCACAGCUAGCUGCCCUCUCAGGGGGUCCGACAGCCUCUGUGCCCCAACCUAGAGCUCUACUGCCUCAUCAGUACCUACCUGGACACCCUUUACUCAACAGUUCUUUCCUUGGUCCAUCCAGUAGUUAUGGUUUCUUCAGCAACAACCGUGUUAAAAGAAGACCAUCAACCCACUUUGAACUGGAUCUCACUGAUUGUCCUCCUCAGAAGCUGGCCAGGCGUGUUUUCACCAAUAGCCGUGAGCGCUGGCGUCAGCAGAAUGUGAACGGUGCUUUCUCAGAGCUCCGAAAGCUCAUCCCCACACACCCACCAGACAAGAAGCUGAGCAAGAACGAGAUCCUGCGGCUCGCUAUGAAGUACAUCAACUUCCUAGUGAAGCUGCUGAAUGACCAGGCCAACGACAGCAGCGAACACAGCCUGACGGACAGCACUGAGGAGGACAAGAGCAAGACGAAAGGCGCAAAUGAAAUGAUGGGCAAUGGCCACAAAGACUGCGGCCACGUCCUGCACCCGGCGUGUCCAUCAGACAGCACCUCGCCGUCUCAGACCACGUCGCCACUUCCUGCUGUUCGUCUGACAUUAGUCACUUCCCACCGUAACAGAGACUCCACUGAUUCGGUCAUCGCUUUGACCGCAUCACCCGGCUCCAGUUGCUAUGGUGACACGGACAGUGAGGAGAAUUUAGGCUCACAGAAUUCAGGGAUUGUUAAGACGAGCGUUAGCGAAGGGAUGAUGGAAAAAAUGAAGGAACAGAUACAGACUGUUAUGGCUGCCGGAUACCACCGGUGACAUCACCUGUGACAUCAUGUUCAAACACUGGAGCACAAACUGACAAAGAGGAACAGGCUGGUCAAAUAUAUAUAUAUAUAUAUAUAUAUAUAUAUAUAUAUAUAUAUAUUUAUAUAUAUAUGCAUUUCUGUGUGUGUGUGUUGUUAUUAUUAUUAUUAUUAUUAUUAUUAUUAAUAUGUUUAAACUUAGUUGUUGGUUACUUUCCACCAUAACUGUUUAAGUUGAGACGUUUUAAUAUUUGUAUUGUUUUAUUGUGUGCUGAUUCAUUAUAAGUAUCUGAGGUAAUCAUGUUUGGCUCACACACACUGACUGUCGUAAUGUUGUGGCACUUUGAAGUUUGAAGUAAAGAAAAAAUAAACAAGCUGUGUAUUCGGAGACCUUUGUCCUAUUGUGUAUAACAGACAGCCGAAGCGAAUAGAAAUUGUGUGUCUAAGUAGUAGCAGAUAAAGAUGAAGAAUAAUCAGGCUUGUGGAAAGGUUCUACAGAAGGUCUACAUCAAGGCUUGAUAGCGAAGGGGUGUAGAUGGAGUGUACUAACCACUUCCAGGGCAGCAGAACCUAUAGUCACUUUGUGCCAAAGGACAAAUUUAAAAUUGAUCAAUUUUCCAGAUGCAACGCAACUCCUAAACGUGGCCACUCGUUUUUUCUUUUCUUUUCUUUUCCAUUCCCCCUUUGCUGAACCUGACAUUUGAGCUGACUGUGAGCUUGUGGAUGUGUAAAGCACUUCUGUCUGAAUGUGUUAUGCUGCCCUGUGACACAGCAAGAGUCAGGGCGUACUUAGAAACAUCUCAAAUUCUCUCGAAUUUCUGUCUCUGAAGCCCCAGUGAAGUCAAACAACUUCCUCAAGUUAAACAAAUGUUUAAUGUUGAUAAUAACAAAGCAAAUAAAGGUAGAAAGUUAGGUCCCUUAGUGACUGGUACUGAUUCUAGCUAGGACUGGUUAAAGGAUUGUUAUGGAAAUGGCUAGCGCUUUUUCUGUAAAAUGAAAAUGAAAAAGUGAAACAUUCUAAUCUUCUGGCAUGCGUUAAAUGUAAGGUUUAGCAUAUCUUAUCAAGUUAUUCAUACACUAUGUUUAUAUUCCAGGUAAUGUCCCAGCAUACCGUAUACGUGUAUAGCAAAAAAAAAAAAAAAAAAAAAGACUAUUAGCAAAAUUAGCAUCUGGAGUGAGGAAUUUUUAAAUCACUGAUUGAUUAGAAUAUCUAUCAUUAUUAAAAAUAGAGGCAAGAAUAACUCCUAGAACACAAGAUGUGAGAAGUUCCUGGUAUCAUGACUGGUACUUUUUCUGGUAUUUCAUGAUAUUUGCUUACAGUUUCAUCUUUGCCAAGAAUGACUUACAGAUUUGAUUAUUCAGUUAGAAAAAGUGCCGAAAUAUAUAUAUAUAUAUAUAU